UGCUGCGUUCGUUCCGGCAGCUCGACAGCUGGCUCGAGCAGGAGUUGUUCGGUUGAUGGACCGCAUUUUCCUGCGGAGGAUAUUUCACUGAAGCGGGAGUCAGCACCGGACUGAAGCCGCCCCGCAUCGCUCACGGUCCAGCCAUGGAUGAGCAGGCGGGCCCCGGUGUCUUCUUCAACACCAGCGGCAGCUCGGGCUUACCCGGCGCGGGGAACGUUAAAGCUCCGCAGCCCGGGGACGGCGGCGGAGAGGCGGCACGGGCUCAGUACAGCAUCCCGGGGAUUUUACACUUUCUCCAGCAUGAGUGGGCCCGCUUCGAGGUGGAGAGGGCCCAGUGGGAGGUGGAGCGGGCCGAGCUGCAGGCUCAGAUCGCCUUCCUGCAGGGCGAGAGGCGGGGCCAGGAGAACCUGAAGAAGGACCUGGUGAGACGAAUCAAGAUGCUGGAGUACGCUCUGAAGCAGGAGAGAGCCAAAUACCACAAACUGAAAUAUGGCACCGAGCUGAACCAGGGAGAAAUCAAACCUCCGAGUUACGACUCAGACGACGACAACGAGGCUCCGAGUCCUCCGAACAGCAGCCAUCAGCUCAGCUGGAAACAAGGACGCCAGCUGCUCCGGCAGUACCUACAGGAGGUCGGAUACACGGACACCAUCCUGGAUGUGAAGUCUCAGAGGGUGAGGGCGCUGCUCGGUCUUGCCGGAGACACGGGAGACAAACCGUCAGACAAGAAAACUGAGCCGAUGGUCAACGGCACCGAGCCGUCCUCGCUGAAGGACAGCGGCAUGGUCAGUAAGCCCGACGUGUCCGACUCGGCCACCGUGCUGGAGGCCUUCAAGUUCAUCGAGAGCGCCGCAGCAGAGUUCAGCGACGAGGACGAGGACAGCGAGGGGAGGGACAAAACCAUCCUGGACCUGGCUGCAAUGGUGAGAAAGAAACACUCGUCAACGCCGUCUUCCACGACCUCUGACCUCAGCGAUGACCUGGACACGGAGGAGGCGCUGAAGGGUUUUGAUUUCUUGGCGAGUCCAGACGAGCUGGACGGAUCGCCCGAGUCAAGGAGCGGGGAUGACAGCGGCGAGUGGGAGAAGGAAGAGCAGUCUCCUCUGGGUGAAAUGGCCUGGGAUGUGGACCAGGGGCUGAUAGCCCAGCUCAAGGAGCAGUACAGGAAGGAACGCAAGGGCAAGAAGGGGGUGAAGAGACCAAACCGGUCUAAGCUGCAGGACAUGCUGGCUAACCUGCGGGACGCCGAGGACCUGCCCUCCAUGCAGCCGGCCGUGACGCCCCCCUCUCGGUCGAGCGUGCCCAGGCUGAACGAGCACGAAGUCGGACGCCCCGAUGACGAGGCGAUGACGUUCCUGCCGUCGUCGGGGAAGUCGUUCAUUCUGGGCAGAGUGGACGAGGCGGUUUCUAACGAGCUCGGAUUGGGAGAGCUGGCCGGACUGACCGUCGCUAACGAGGCCGAGGGCCUGAUGUACGACAUCGCCAACAACAAAGAUGCUCUGAGGAAGACGUGGAACCCGAAGUUUACCCUGCGGAGCCACUUUGACUCGGUGCGCAGUCUGGCCUUCCACCCGAUGGAGCCGGUUCUGGUCACCGCCUCCGAGGAUCACACCCUCAAACUGUGGAACCUCCAGAAGACGGCGCCCGCCAAGAAGUGCGCGGCGUUGGACGUGGAGCCCAUCUACACAUUCCGAGCCCACAGCGGAGCCGUGUUGUGCGUCACCAUGAGCUCGAGCGGCGAGCAGUGCUUCAGCGGGGGCGUAGACGGCACCAUUCAGAGCUGGAACACCCCCAACCCCAACAUCGACCCCUACGACUCGUAUGAGUCGUCCGUCCUGCGGGGGGCGCUGUGCGGUCACACGGACGCGGUGUGGGGUGUGGUCUACAGCUCGGCUCACCGCCGCCUCCUCUCCUGCUCGGCCGACGGGACGGUGCGGCUGUGGAGCGCCGCUGACACCUCGCCAUCUCUCGCUGUUUUCAACGAGCGAGGAGAGCUCGGAGUCCCGACCUCGGUCGACCUGGUGAGCAGCGAGCCGGCUCACAUGGUGACGUCCUUCGACACCGGACACAUCGGACUCUUCAACAUGGAGACGCAGCAGCUCGUCCUGAAGCUGGAGUCGGCCGGUCCUCCAGAAGCUCCCUGCAAGAUCAACAAAGUGCUGAGCCAUCCCACGCUGCCGAUCACCAUCACCGCUCAGGAGGACCGCCACAUCCAGUUCUUCGAUAACAACACAGGUAAGCUCAUCCACGCCAUGGUCGCCCACCUGGACGCUGUCACCAGUCUCGCUGUGGAUCCAAACGGCCUUUACCUCAUGUCAGGAAGUCACGACUGCUCGAUCCGUCUGUGGAACAUGGAGAGUAAAACCUGCAUCCAGGAGUUCACAGCACAUCGUAAGAAGUUCGAGGAGUCCAUCCACGACGUGGCGUUCCAUCCCACCAAGUGCUACAUCGGCAGCGCCGGGGCCGACGCGCUCGCCAAAGUCUUCGUAUGACCUGAAUGUGGUCAGCUGACCGCCCCGACGUUCUCGGUGGGGUUCUUAUUUUUGGACAGAUGGAGGUCGCUUCCUCUGCAGAAGGUGACCCCACUCAAUCACCCCCACGCCCCCCCCUUUAAGAUUCUUCUCAUGUUAAGCCCCGCCCCCUGCUGGACUCGGGCUGGCCCGGAUCCACAAAACAAACUGACCUCUGAGUGAGGGGAAGAAGUUAUCACGCGGGAGGCCGCGGCGUGCGUCCUCCCUCGAACAGCUCCGGGCUCGCCGCAGACGUCUCAUCGUAACGUGCCUUCUUUCUGUCGGACGCUCAGAAGAAACCCGAGACGCCGGAGACGAGUCGGGACGGGGAGGUGAUGGCGGCCAAGUUUAACCUUCACACGACCUCCGUUUGUUAGUCUGUCCGUCCUGAGCUGAGCGGCGGCGAGGACAGUCCUGGAUCUGUCCCCGCCUUUAAUGUGCUCCACCUGAGCCGCGAUGACCUGGCGCUCGGUGGGAAGCAACAUUAAAGAGAAUUGGCGCCUGAUUGGCUCCAACCCCAAACAUCCGAACAUGAAGGUCCUCACUGCACUCUGCAGAGUCCACGCCAUGAGGUGGAGAGGGCGGGGUUAACCUGAGAGGGCGCCACCUGCUGGGACUGAGCAGUAAUCCUUCACUGGACAACAGACGCCGUUUGGCUGCACCUGAGCUCUGAUGGGGUUUCUUUGGCUCCUCCCAGACGCUGCUCAUCGAUCUCUGAUCCGCUGAGCGCUCUGUUCUAAACCCUGAGCGGCGCUAACAGGGACUUUUUGGGAAACCUCACCUGGAAGGUUCUCCUCACUCACUCACGGGUUGUAAGAUAUGUGGCUGCUUUUGUGGGCGUGACCCUGCGGCGACGCUUUUCUCCCCAGAAAUCAAACGGAUCGGCCCGGACGCCUCCGACUCAUCCCGACGCCUGCUGUUGCUAAUGCUAAUUACCUUCUUGUAACAUACCUGAGUAACACCUGUGCUGCGCCCUCAGAUCUGCUUUCCAGCUCGGUUUGUGCGCCGUGAGGCGGAUCUUUUUUAUUCUGUUUUACUUGAACGUGUCGUUUCUUAUUUUCGGGGUUUCUGCUGAUGUUUUAACGACUUCUGUGUUUUUUAACCAAACGCAUCGUCUCAGAAAGCAGCUGCUUCCCAUCGUGGUGUGAAACGGUCGGCGUGUACAAAGACUUAACAGAUAUAUGUGUGUACAGUUUUAGGUAUUAAAGCAAAUCUAUUUAUUAACUGGUGUAAAGAGUGUGUUUAGGGCGGUUUCAACGGGUCUGUGAGCAGAAAGUUCAAACGUUGAGUGUUUCCUGUAAACUCGUGUGGAGCAUGAAUGCAGUCUGUGCAGAGACGUGAACGCUUCCUGUAGAAGCUUUUUAUCCACGACUUUCACCUGUACCUGCACGCGUCUGUGUUCAAGGCUGUUUUCAAAAGUUUUGUCCGCGAUACGAGUUUCAAACCAACUUCCUGUUUGGUUUCCAAAGUAAGGGCAUAUCCACACAGUUGGCUGAUUUCUGCAUUAAAAUGAAUCAAUUCAAUUCGUUUUUGUUUUUUUCUUCCAUAAAAGGAAGUUGUGGACGUUUUCAAUCCUUACUGCCUCAUCCCGUUAAACAAAAACAACUCAUCGGUUUGACAGAUUGUAGAGCGUCUGCGUCGUGUAGUCGUGUGUUGAAGAAAACAAACGUUUGAUGGUUUUCAGCUUCUUAAAUGUCUCAGUCUUUUCUCAGUGACGACAGCACAGCUUUAGAUUGAACACGUGUGAUGGCAGCUUUUAUUUUUAUGUUGCAAAGUUGCCAAAAACAUUCAGUAGUUUGUUGAAAAUGAUGUUCGGCUGCCCGCUGAGAGCAACGUGGAGUCAGCGCUGAGUUCCUAAAUGGUUCAGAAGUUUAAAGAUUUGUACUAAUCUGCACAGACGCCGCUCGCUCACUUAUGAAGCUUCUGUUGCCCAAAAUUACUUUCAGUUUGUCGUCAGUCUUUCAUACGUCUUCAUCUGGAUGAACUGAAGACUUUCAGCUUCACAGAGUGUAACUGAUUAAAUUUGCUCUCCUUCUUGUUCUGUUCUGCCGGGUUUUCUCUCAGCGCUGACAGAAACCUGCAGAGCAAAACAAGCAGACUCACACUGGAGCACAUUUAUGAUAUUUCUCAGUCUGGUGGAGCAACAACAGGUUUCAGAGUGUGAGUUUUGACAAAGUGCACAAAAUGUAUUUAUUUUAAUUUGCUUCCAUCAUAUCUUUAGUUUAUUUUAAAGCUGAAUAAAAAUGAAUCCUGACUCCUUUAACAGAGGCCAACAUGUCCUCCUGUAACCACGUCUCAUUUCUUCCUCUUCGGUGAUAAACUCGGGGACGCGGCUCCGUCUCUGUGCAGUGUUUGCAGAUGAAAUCUGUGAGCUGAACUCCAGACUGAAUCCUGCCUGUAAACUGUGGAUGUGUUUUAUUGUGAAACUGCAGGAGGGACGACGGGAGCUGCUCGGGCUGUACAUACAGUUCACACACUGUGUUUUGUGUUUUGGCUUUUUUGUGUCUUUUUGCCUUCAGAGUGGGAGAGUGACAGAUUUAUCAGUAACAAUAAAGAAAUAUGUUGUAUAUCA